UGUCUGGCGUCUCUGUCAGGAUUUUAGUGCUACAAGGCUUCCGUAGUUCACAUACGGCAUCAGCUACACGUGAAUUUUUAAACUGAAAACACUUUAAGCUAACAGUUGACAGGACUCUGCGCUAGCUUACAUUUUGCGAUCUGGUUUGUUUUUGUUCGUGAAUGUUUUGUUAUGGCUUAACUAAAACAUAUUUUAGGAAGGAUAAUCAGCGGUCACAAGGCUGUGUUUUGGUAGAUGUCACCAAGAACUAUACUUCAGGUAUCCUUUAGGUGUAUUGGUUUGUCUUUAGCAUUUCCUAAGAAGAGAAAAUCCUUCCUCCAGAGCCUUACUACAGGACAAAGUGUGUUCAGAACAUUCAGGAUGGACCGCAAGAAAGAACCUGAAGAAUCCCAGGACACGAGCAGUGCAGGUGCAGACAGUGCUCCCACUGCAGUACCAGUGGAAGACACAAACCCCUCCAGCUCUACAGAAAGCGGUCAGACCUCAUCUACAGAACCUGGUCUUUUAGCAGGGGAGACAGUUGUCAGGGAGGGAAAGGCUGCCAUUUUAUUCCCAAGUGCUAAUGAGGUGUUCUACAACCCCGUGCAGGAGUUCAACCGAGAUCUAACAUGUGCGGUGAUCACAGAGUUUGCCAGGGAGCAGCUGGCUCAGAGGGGCGUCCGGAUCCUGGUCCCGGGUGAGAGAGAUCGAGUUGUGGUUCGACUCUCUGAGGAGAAGAACGGGACAGAGGACCAGGAAGCAUCAGAACAGCCUGAAAAAGAGCAGCAAUAUGAAGAAGAGGGUGGCAAGAAAGAGUACAUCACUGCAUCUGUAGGGGAAAGAUGUGAGCAAGGUCUGCGUGUGCUGGAGGGUUUGGCGGCAUCAGGCUUGCGUUCUGUACGUUUUGCUCUGGAGGUCCCUGGCCUGAAGAGCAUCACUGCUAAUGAUUACUCUGCUAAAGCUGCUGCCCUGAUCGCCCGCAACGCACAACACAACAAUGUGUCCCACAUACUGCAAGCCAGCCAAAGAGAUGCCAGUAUGGUGAUGUAUGAGGCUAGAGGGAAGAAGGAACGCUAUGAUGUCAUUGACCUUGACCCCUAUGGCAGUCCAUCUCCGUUUCUGGAUGCAGCUGUGCAGGCUGUUAGUGAGGGUGGGUUGCUUUGCAUCACAUGUACGGACAUGGCUGUAAUGGCUGGAAAUAGCGGGGAGACCUGCUACAGCAAAUAUGGCUCUAUGUCUAUCAAGUCCAAAUACUGUCAUGAGAUGGCUCUGCGUAUAAUUCUGCACAGUUUAGAUCAGAGAGCAGCUGUGUAUCAGCGCUACAUUGAACCUCUCUUGAGCGUGAGUGUGGAUUUCUACAUUCGUGUAUUCGUCAGAGUCAAAACAGGCCAGGCGGUGGUAAAAAACUCUGCAAGUAAGCAUGCGCUGCUGUAUAACUGUGUCGGCUGUGGUGCGUUUCAUCUGCAGAGGAUGGGGAAGAAGAUGAGCCAAGGCAAACAUAUGAAGUAUUCAGCAGCCACUGGACCACCAGUAGGGCCUAACUGUGAACACUGUAGGCAAAGGCACCAGUUGGGCGGUCCCAUCUGGGCGGAGCCUAUUCAUGACAUUACAUUUGUUCAGAAAGUUCUGGGUGCCGUUUCAGGGAACCCCACCCGCUUCAGAACGUCCAAGCGGAUCGAGGGGGUGCUUAGCAUGGUGACCGAGGAGCUGCGGGAUGUUCCUCUGUAUUAUGUUUUAGAUCAUUUGAGCAGCACAGUUCACUGCAACACGCCGCCCAUGCUGCAGUUCAGGUCAGCUCUCCUGCACGCUGGGUACAGAGUGUCUCUCUCUCACGCCUGUAAAAAUGCAGUGAAGACCAAUGCUCCUGCUGGGGUGUUAUGGGAUCUCAUUCGCUGCUGGGAAAAGUCCAACCCCGUGAAGAGAGAGCGGUUAUCAGAAACCAGUCCUGCUCACCGCAUUCUCUCCACAGAGCCAACUCUUCAGGCCUGCUUUGAAAUCAGAGAAGACGCAAACCCUCAAUCACGAAAACGUCACCUCACACGCUUCCAGGAGAACCCACAGGCCAACUGGGGACCAAAAGCACGUGCCAAAGCUGGUGGAGGAAUCUCUUCUGAGCUGGAGGACAAAAGAAAACAGUUUCAGGGUAAAAGAAAGAAACCGAUCACAGACUCCUCUCAACUCAAGAGCUUGCCCUGUAAGAAGUUACGAAAGGGAACAUGUACAUAUGGAGACAAAUGCUGUUAUUCGCAUGAACUUAAGCAAGAAACUAAUGAGGAAAAGAUGGACUAAUUGGUUUUCUUAUUACCGGAUAAACCUCACAUGUGUCUUGAUGUGUACAGAUUUGCACCUAAUGUUUGUUUUACGUCAAUUGGAAUUGUGCGAUGCAAGUUUAAAUUUUCUGGCGAUGCAUAGACACAUAUUCUCUGAAAUCGUUUUACCCUAAAUUUUAACUUUUUUUUUUUUUUUUGCUUGCCAAAUAAAUAAGUGAAUGCUUGUUUUUCUAUUCAGCAUGAGCAAGACACAUCAUGUAUCAGUUAAAAACAGU